CCCUCCUAGAACAACCCUAAACAGCCACUCAAUCUGUGUGCCUCUCUCUCAACUUUCGUCUUCUUUGUGGCUUCUCUCUGCCGUGCUUCAUUUUCAAUUGUCGAAUCCAUAGUCAUGGCCAAUUCUUCGGCAGCUGCUGAGGACAUAACCAAUCGUCUUCGUGUUAAUUACUGGAAGAAAGAUGAGGAUGUAAAGCUCUUGCAACAGGUUCGAGAACAUGGUCCACAAAACUGGAGAUCAAUUGCUUCUCAUCUAGAAGGAAGAACUGCCAAAAGCUGCAGAUUGAGAUGGCGCAAUCAUCUCGACCCUCGAGUGAACAGAAACCCUUUCACUGGAGAGGAAGAGGAGAGGCUGCUUGCAGCGCACGAAGUGUAUGGAGCGAGAUGGGCGCUCAUAUCCAAGCUCUUCAACGGCAGGACGGAUAAUGCUGUGAAGAAUCACUGGCAUGUUAUGAGGGCGAGAAAGAGAAGGGAAUCUAAGCAGAAAAACUGGCCAGGGGUAUUUCAGGAUUCAUACGCUUCAUCCUCCAGCAACACUGUUCUCCAUCCAAAUGGACCAAACCCUCAUGACAUGGUGUGCCCCAGUAAUGGUUCUUCGAGCUCUGCCAAGUUUGGAACGAUACCAUCCUUCGCAGACUCUACUCCUGUGAAUGGGAGUGAUCAUUUUGGACUAUUCAAUGGUGCUGAUGAUGCAAUGCUUCAAAGGAGUUUGUUCGAUAACUCGUUCGCGGAGUUCGGGUCUUCUUCUUCGUCAGUGCAAGUGCAAGCAGAUGAGGAGUCAAAUGGUAGUGGACAAAAAGAAGUUCCUUUCUUUGAUUUUCUUGGUGUUGGUGAUGACCAGUGAAGUUUUUUUUAAACUUCAUGUGUGAUUUGUCUCUCUCUCUUUUUCUGGCUUGUUUUUUUCACUCUUUUAAAACGUUUUAUGAACUCCCUUUAUGUGCGUCACUGCGUGAGGCUCAUAACCUUUUAGCCUUUGAGAAUUAUACUUAUAACUAAGAUUCCAUUCUGCUAUUUUACUAUUUAUUUGUUUUUCA